AUGCAAAUGAAGCAGAUGAAGAUGAAAUCAUACUUCACUGGAACCAUCCUUCUAUUUAUCAUUGUUAGCCCUAGUGUUGCUAUUGUUACACCUUCACCACCACCUUUCUUCUAUGUUUUUGGAGACUCUUUGUUUGAUGUAGGAAAUAACAAUUACUUGCAAUAUCCUGCCCCUAAGGCUAAUUUUCCGUUUAAUGGAAUUGAUUAUCCUGGAAACAUUUCAACUGGAAGGUUUGGCAAUGGAUACAUUGGUCCAGAUUACGUGGCAAUGUUCAUGGGAUAUCCACAAAGCCCACCACCUUAUCUCUCUAUCAUCAAUGAAUACCAGACAUCAAGAGGAAUUAACUUUGCUUCUGGUGGCUCAGGGAUCUUAAAUUCAACUGCAUUGUACAACUCUGGAGCAAGAAAGAUUAUUGUGCUUGGCACAGCAAAAACUGGGUGCAUUCCAUUUAUAAGAAGUCUAUUGUUCCCAAUAUCUGGUGGUUGUUCUGAGGAUUUAAAUAAUCUUUCUAUUCAAUUUAAGAAUGAAACUAGAGCUCUUCUCCAAAAUCUCACACCAAAACUAAGUGGGUUCAGAUAUGUUUUCAUCGAUACAUAUGAAAUGGACAGUCUAAUUCGAGCAAAUGCUCAUCAAUAUGGAUUCACAGAUUUGACAAAUGCAUGUUGUGGAAUUGGAAGGUUUAAUGGACAAGCUCCAUGCACACCAAUCUCAAAUUUGUGCUCCAACCGUGAUAAUCACUAUAGCUGGGAUCCGGUUCACCCAACACAAGCUGUAGCUAGGUUGGUAUCCAAUAUGUCAUACUAUGGCUUACUGCAUGUCUUCCCGAUGAACAUCCAACAGUUGGUGAAUGCCUAA